AUGUCCGCCUCGGAGGAGGCACCUCUCCUUCAUGAGGACAGCACAGAAAACGCGCGUGGAGACUACGAUGCGGUACGAAAGCACAAUGAGGUCUACGAGCGCUUUUCUCCAGCCAGCAAACGGCUGUUCGUCGGUGUGACCGCGUUCACGGCACUGAUGGCCUUAGUCGUCUCUGGGACGUUCAUUCCCUCGAUACCACAGAUUGCCCGCGACAUGAGCACCACGCCUGACGUUGUAAGCAACGCGGUCAGCGUCUCAAUGUUCACCGUCGCCCUCGGCUCCAUGACAUUCUCAUCCUACUCGACGUGGUACGGCCGUCGCCCCGUAUACCUCAUUGGCCUCCCGCUCGUCGUUUUGGGGUCUUUCGGCGUAGCGCGCUCUCGCUUCGUGCUGGAACUCUUCGGCUGGCGAGUCCUGCAGGCCCUCGGCGCCUCGCCUGGCUUCUCCGUAGGCUCGGGCGUCAUUGGUGACAUAUAUAAGCUCGAGGAGCGCGGGUUUGCGAUGGGCGUCUUUACUGGGGCUGCUCUGAUCGGCCCAGCAUUCGCGCCAGUCGCAGGAGGAUGGGCAGCUCAUUACUCAUCUUGGCGUCGCAUGCAAGAGGCCAUUGGCGUUGCGGCCCUCGUCACAUUCGUCUUUGUCUCACUUCUACCUAGAGGAGACCAAGCAUCCAAACACCCAAGAGAUCGAGAAGGAAAGACAGCGAGCGUUGGAAGAAGGCCGCACGCCUCCUCGUUUCGUGUUUCUGAACCCGCUCGGACCUCUCAAGCUGCUUGCGAGACCGCCGAUGCUACUUUCGUCCUCAUGAUCCCCAUCGCCUACACCAUCGGCGAACGCUACCACCUCGGGGACAACGAGUUCUUCAUCGGCCUGUGCUUCAUCCCAGUCGGCAUCGGCAACUUCAUCGGCGCCCCCCUCGCGGGAAAGUACUCCGACUACAUGGUCGUCAAGUGGCGCGCGCGACGCAACGGGGCGUGGUACCCUGAGGACCGCCUGCGCGCCGCGACGCUCGGUCUCGGGUACCUCAUCCCUCUCACGCUCAUUGCAUUCGGUUUGACGACGCAUUUUGUCCCCGGACCCCUUGGGCUCACGCUCAACUUGGUAUGGUUCUUCCUGAAUGGGAUCGGAGUCGAUGCCACACUUGCGCCCAUCGGCUCGUACUGCGUCGAUAUUAUGCACGAGCAUAGCGCUGAGGCCGUGUCUGCGAAUCAGGGUUUCCGCGCCUUGAUGUCCGCGCUCACGAUCCCAGCGAUCUUCCCGCUCCUGAACACCAUCGGGGUCGUGCCCAUGUACACUCUGUUCGCCGGCAUCUCGUGGAUUGGCUAUGGCUUCGUAAUUUGGCUCAUCCGUGAUGGCGAGCGGCUGCGCUCUGUUGGAAGCUACAAGUAUUCCGAUGCCACGAGUGCAUGA